UCCUCCUCCCACUGACAGACGAAAACUUCUGUCUACCAGGAUGCCGGGCGUUGUCUUUCUAAUCGUUGUGCCGACAGCAAAUUUUGAACGCGAGUUGAUUUACGGGUCUUCCAAUAAUGUUUUGGCCGAGUCCAUGCCAACGGGUGGUCAUGGACAUCCUACCAUGCUGGCCUCAAGUGGAGGUGGCCAUAAUAAUCUGAACAUCAAUCUUCCGGAAAAUAACAACGCAAUACUACGACUCGAAGUUGAAUUACGUGACAAGAAUGUGCCCAAGUAUCGACGCGGUGUGGGCGGUGCUCGUGGUGCUGGAGUGCCACGAGGCGGCGGCGGCGGUGCUCGUGGUGGUGGCGUGGCAGGUACAGCAGCAGCGGUCAAGCGUGCUGGAGAAGCUGGAGCUGGACCUGAAGCUGGGACAGGAGCAAAACUGGCAACGGACAAUCGUAAUUUAGUGGUGCCGCUUGAAAAGGUGCUUGAGGAGUUACUUGUCAAGUUGGAAAUUGAGCACGUUACCUGGACAACAAGUAAGAAGGGCUAUUUCCAUCACGUCGUUUUCCCGCUGCAAGCCGGCGAUGCCUGCGAGACGACUCUCCAUUGUCUAACCGAGCUGGGUAUCGGCACUAAAUUGAAUUCCAGUGUCAGUGUCCUGCCAUGCAGCGUUAGUUAUGAUGCCAUCACAGAUGCGGCCAACAUGCGCGAUGACUACAGUGAGGAAGCUGAGGAUGCCUCGAAAUGGAACAAUUUUGUGGAAUCAAUUAAAUCGAAACUAACCGUGAAACAAGUGGUAGAUGGUGUUAGGGCCGGAGGCUCCUUGUCCUUUGACUACUUGCUUCUAAUUGUUACUGCCGACUCGCUGGCUGCCCUGGGUCUGGUUGAGAAUAAUGCACCGAAUAUUGUUGCGGCCAUGUUGGUCUCGCCGCUUAUGGGUCCUGUUAUGUCGAUUACAUUCGGUGCAAUUAUCUCGGACAGAGAGCUAAUGCGCGUUGGCUUCAUGUGCCUGGCUUUGGGCAUGUUUAUCUCCCUUUUGUUUGGCUUUAUCUUUGGUCUUAUAUUGGGCACCACCGAAAUGCCUUGGGGUCAGAACUCUGAUUGGCCAACUGAGGAAAUGCGCGGCAGAGGCAAUGUGCGAUCCCUUUGGAUGGGCGUGUUAUGGGCGUUAACAUCUGGCACUGGCGUGGCUGUGGCCUUGCUUCAAGGCUCGGCAGGACCAUUGAUUGGCGUUGCCAUAUCCGCUUCCCUUCUGCCGCCAGUUGUCAAUUGUGGCCUUUUCUGGUCACUGGCCUGCAUUUGGCUCAUCUAUCCGGAGAAGCGUAUUCCACAUUUGAAGAAUGAGCCAAUGAACUCAACCAGCGCUUAUCCCUUCAUCUAUACAAACUAUUUGCCAACGGAAUUUCUUGUCAAUGGCAUUGUAUCCGCCUGCCUGACCAUUGUGAAUGUCAUUUGCAUAUUCAUCACGGCCAUUAUUGUGCUGAAAAUCAAAGAGGUCUCCGCCCCCUACACGGCCAGUCCGGAUCUGAAGCGAUUUUGGGAGACGGAUCUGCGUACUGUGCGCAAAACGAAUCGUUCAACAAUGAGGCGUGGCACAAUGCGAGGCGGUGGGGCGGGUGGUGCAGGUGGUGCUGGCAUUGACAAGCUUAUUGGAGGCGGCAACUAUCUGGGAAUGGAGGAGACUCGCGAUGCUAAAAUGGACACGGCACUGGAAAGGGCUCUGGCCCAAGCUGAAAACGAUGCCACAUUCAAGAAGGUCAAGCGCAUGAGUUACUCGAGCAAUGCCGCAGGAGAGCUCACCGAACGUCUGGCCAAGAUAGCUGGCCUAAAUAAACGCUCGGGCGGCGAUUCGACAGAUGCCUUGCACACAAACACCAGCAGCUUGUCGGGCAGUCGCAUGAACUCCAUACCCAACUCCCAAUUAAAUGUCGAUCUAAAGGCUCUCGAUAAGCUGGUAAGCAGUCUCCUGGAACAGCAUAGUGCGGGUGCCAAGGCUGGUGGAACUGUUGCUACUGCUGCCUCCCAUUUGGAGGGGGGCACUCGCACUCCCCCGUUGCAACGCCAAGCCUCCAAGAAACUGAAUCGUUGGCGUCCUUUGUCACGUUCGGCUCACGGCUAUAAACGUGGUGAUGGCAGCGAACUGGUCGAUGGAGCGAGUUUCACUCAAUUGCAAGAGCGCAGUGAGUCCCAGCACACACCGAACAUGCCCACCAUAAUGGAGAGCACCACAGGCACAACUCCACCAGCCAACAAUUCCCAGCAGCAGCAAGGAUCCCACAAUAAUCCAUGGACCUCUUCCCUGGAACGCACACCCAAAGCAGUUAGGAAUAUGCUCCAUAACAUUGGUCAGGCUGCCGCAGUUGGAAGCACGGCGGAAGAGGAUCAACUCAACUUGACACAGAAUUAUGUAGAGUAAUUUAUACGUUUGUGGCUCUAAAUAUACUGAAUGUUGCAAAUAAAUUAUCAAAAUAAAAUUA